AAGGCUGCGCCUAUUUUAGAAGCGGACAUUGCUCGGGUCUGAGGAGUUUUGCUUGUUCAGGGAAUUUUUGACCUGGCAUGAGCAGGAAUCGCGGGGCCAGCAGUUUGUGAAAGUUUAUUCAGGCAGUGUUAACUUGUUUAUUCUGUCCCGCUUCGAGUUUUCCAGGUGAGCUUUGCAAAAGGCUGAACUUCGGGGGAGCAGUCUUGAAGCACGGAGAAUUAAAGAUGCUGCUUGACCGGCUGUGCUUUUCCAGCACCACAUGUUUGACAAUUGGAUGAGCUGCCAGUGGAAGUAGUUGAGUCAUUCAGAUGAGAAUAGAACGUUGCAGGAGCAGACCUACCAGACAUGGCAAGCCAACACGUCUCCGUGAUUAUUAUAAGUGUCAUAGCAUGUGUACUGGGAUUGCUACUGAACAAGUACAUUCAUUACAUCAAAUGCGAGGACUGUGACGAGAAUUGGAUAGAACUGGAUAUAAAAGGAUUAGAGGAGGAUUUCACGAACAAGCUGUUUGGACAGCACAUUGCAAGUGAAGUGAUCAUCAAAGCACUUAAAGGUUCUGCAAGUAACCCUAAUCCCCAGAAACCCCUGACCAUGUCUCUACAUGGUUACAGCGGCACUGGAAAGAACUUUGUUAGUCGACUAAUAGCACAGAACCUUUACAGAAAAGGACUAGACAGCAAGUAUGUCCAUAUGUUUGUGUCAACACUCCAUUUUCCUCACGUUCAGUUCAUUGACCAGUAUCAGAGUAAUUUACGGGGGUGGAUUCAUGGAAAUGUUUCACAAUGUGCCAGAUCAAUGUUUAUCUUUGAUGAAAUGGACAAAAUGCAUCCAGGUCUCAUUAAUGCAAUCAAACCUUUCCUGGAGUACAGCAGUGUUGUUGACAAAGUGGAUUACAGGAAAGCAAUAUUCAUCUUCUUAAGCAAUACCGGUGGUGACAAGAUAAGUGAAUUCACCCUAAACAUUUUGAUGAAUGGAAAGGAAAGGGAGAGCAUUAAGCUGAGUCAGCUAGAAGAGGAACUCUCCUCGACAGUCUUCAACAAUAGCAACAGUGGUUUCUGGCAGACUGCUCUCAUCCAAAACAACUUGAUUGACCAUUUCAUUCCUUUCCUACCCCUGGAGUUCAAACACGUUGAGUCCUGCGUGAGAGCUGAAAUUGCAUCCAGAGGUAAAAGCAUCAGUGAGAGCAUUGUCUCCACAAUUGCAAGCAAUAUGGUCUACUACCCAGAAGAGAAGCUGCUGUCACUAAAAGGCUGUAAGACUGUAGCUUCCAAAGUAAACUUGUAUUUCUAAGUUGAAGAACCUACAGAAAGAAAUUUUUGCAUAUCUCCUUGGUGUUUGCAGAAUCUCUGGGACUGAUUGAUGAGGCACUUAUCCACUUACAAUUCUUUUAACAGAAUCACUGCAUUCAAGGUUUGUGCGAAGAUUUGUAGCUCGGGUGCUCGUUGUUGUGGUUCUGUUCGCCGAGCUGGAAGUUUUUGUUGCAAACGUUUCGUCCCCUGGCUAGGAGA